CACGCGUCACCCGGCGCCAGUGCCCCUACCCCGGGCCCCCUUGCCCACUGCGCACUCUUCGCUUUGCCGCGACCUCCAGCCCAGCCCACAGCGUAUGUGCCAAUUUACAGCUCAGGGCAAAGCGUGCGGAGUGGAGACAAGCAACUGCAGAUGUUGCUUUACAAAGAAAAAUACACAAAGUUGCUGCACAGAGUAUGAUUUUACUGAAUUGUAUGCAAAACCAAGAAUUUCACUGUACAUGUGACAAUAGGGUGAUUUCACGAAAGGUCACUGGAGCGUAGAUCCGCACCCACGUGACCGAAAAUUUGAAGUGGAGUACAUGCUAUACAUCCGGUACAUGUUAGUGAAUGGGAAAACACGCACUUUCACACCCGUUAAAAACAUCGAAAACGGACAGUUUUUGCGCUGCAAUUUACUAUGCCAGUCGGGGUGACCGCGAGGCACAGCUACCUAAAUUUACAGUCCAAAAAAAAGAUAGAAACUAAGGUAAAUUCAAGAGGGAGCUGAAGGUGCAAAUCCAGCGGAAGUGACCAGCGGACAUUUGCCGUGGAGAUUUAAAGAUCCAAAAUAUCGGGAAUUAUCGAGUUUGCUCGCUGCAUUUCAUCAAAAGGUAAGGUUGAAACCGUCUGAAGAAGGGUUUCGGCCCGAAAUGUUGCCUAUUUCCUUCGCUCCGUAGAUGCUGCUGCACCCGCUGAGUUUCUCCAGCAAUUUUGUCUACCUUCGAUUCUCCAGCAUCUGCAGUUCCUUCUUGAACAAGGUUGGUUGAUUUAUUUGUGCAGAACAGUGAUGGAAGUCCAACUUUUGCUUUGUUCCUCUGAGUUUUUUUCUCUCUCUAUAUAUAUAUAUAUAUAUAUGCAUAACAGCAUGAAUAUAAUCUGAUUUCCAUACAUGAAUAUAGUCAUUCAUGUGCUGCACCUGUUGAUCAGAGCCUGGCUCUAUUGUGAAAUGUAAUUAGGAAUGUAAUUUAGCCUAACCUUAUUCAUACCAAAUCCAAUUUAAAGCAUAAAUGUUGCAUUCAAGUGCAAGCUAAAAGACUCGCUACAGUAUGCACCAGAUUGCACAAUUUCAAGCUGAAAAAUGCAAAAUUUCCCUACACCCCCCCCCCUCUCAGCUCUCACCCAAUGUUAGCAGCCCUGACAUUGUAAAUACAUUUUAGAGAAAACGCUACCGGGUGAGUGACGUCAUCAGACCGCGACUCCGGUGGUUCAAUGUCGGUGCAACACACUCCCACAAAAGGACAGGCAAAGAAACCCGGUAAGACUAAACCACAGGUGGAAGAAGUAGGCUUGACUGAAGCCUCGGGCUCAAUUUUAAGGUCGUCCCAGGAAGAAGUUUCAAAGGUCCAGAAGACAAAGUCUAAAAAAUCUGAAAUGGAGGAAUUUCGUAUUUUUAUCUCUAAAGAAACUGCAAGUAUAAGAGAAGAACUGAAAAACUUUAAAGAAGAAAUGAACUUUAAAGAAGAACUGAAAAUUUUUAAAGAAGAAAUGUUAAGUUUUAACGAAGAAAUCACUGCUUCUGUCUGUGAAUAAUUGUCUAUCUGGAAGGAAGAAAUGUCUGAAAAUCUUAAUCAACAAAUCGAAGAGGUAAAUGAUAACAUUAAUUUGAUUGAAUCCAACUUUAACUCCAGGUUGGAUCCCAUCAUCGAUACAGUAAAUCAACAAACUGCAGCCAUAACUGAAUUAGAGUCAAUUGCUGAAACAAGUGCUGAAACUACAAAAAGACCUCUCUCCGAGAAUAAGCGUUUAGCAGAUUUAUUGAAUAAAAUAACUGAAAAAUGUAUUGACGUGGAGGGACGUCAGAGACGCCAGAAUUUAAGAAUUGUUGGUGUUCAAGAAGGUAAAGAGGGAAAUAAAGACCUCCGUGAUUUUGCUGCAGACAUAUUAAAAAAGGUUUUUAAUUUAGAUCAAAAGCCUUUACUAGAUCGGGCACACAGAGCACUCAGACGCCCGAGUGCGAGCGCCCCCCCAAGACAACUGAUAGUGAAGGUGCAAUAUGACCUUGUUUUGGAUGAUAUUAUGAAAAAAAUCGCUGGCAACAGAAAUCUUCUAUUUGAAGGAGACAAGAUUAGUAUAUUUAGAGAUUAUCCUGUAGAGGUUGCCAGGAGGAGAGUGCUUUUCAGUGAGACAAGAGGAAUUCUUAAGAAGAUACAAAACCUGAGAUAUGGACUGAUGUAUCCUGCAAUACUGAGAGUCACCUACAAGCAGAAGGAACAUAUCUUCACCGAUUACAAGGAAGCAUUGGUGUUCGCCCAGGACAUUGAGAAUUUGACUGAUGAUUGAACAAUAUUCCCAUGAUGUCAUCAUCUUGCAGAGAACAAAUGGAACUUUAAUUUGUUAUACUUAAGAACUAAUGAUAGUCGAGCACGUUUUCUUGCUAUUGACCUUUAUAUUUUAGUACUAAUUAUUACUAACUAUUAUUAACUAGAUUUACUUAGAAUGAGUAAAAAAU